GAAAUAGAUAAUAAUUAAAUCAGACAACUAUCUAUUAGGUACAUAUUAUAUGCUUUUUGAAAUGGGCAUUAUUUUAUUGCAUGCAACCGCGUAACUUUCUUAAAAACCUACCUAUCAGAUAUCGAGAUUAGCACGUGAAAACUAACACGAAAAAUUCAAAGGUGAACCCAUCUUAUACCGCAAUAAAAUCUCGAUCGUGUAUUGGACAGAGUAGGUAGUUGGACGCGUCGGUGCUCUUGAUAUAAAACCAAUUUAGAAUCAACUAAGUUGCUUAUUUCGGUGUUUAUUAAUAAAUAAGAUGAUUUAUUUCAAACUGUUAUCAAGUGGUUUUAAUUGUUGUUAAUAUUUUGCGUACCUACACUAUUUUAAAAUUUUCGUAAUUACGUAUCGAGAAAAAUUUUUGUAUAAAUUAUUUGUGAAAAAAAAGGAAUUGAUAACGGAAUAAAUUUGUUGAUGGCGAAAUUUUCGUUGGCAUGGAAAUGAUGAAGCUCGCACUUUUUAUUGUUGUACUUUAUACUCCAGUUUUCCUAAUACACCCUUGUAACGGAUAUAAAAUAUUGGGAAUCUUUCCACUGGCUGCCAAAAGUCAUUUCACGUGUAAUAAUGCCAUCAUGAAAAGCUUGAUCGAAUCUGGCCACGAAGUGACCGUCAUCACAUCAUUUCCUGAACAAGCUUCCGCAGAAAAUUACUCUUCGAUCAUCGAUGUUUCUGGAACGAAGUUACACUUUGUUGGACAAUCAACAUUCGACGAAUAUAUUACGCAAAGUGCUUUCAAAAUUUUACAAAUGGGAAGCGAAAUAGAAUUUGAGUAUUGUUCCAAAGUUCUCAACUCACCAGAAAUCCAAAGAAUGUUGAAUAGCGAUGAGAAAUUAUACGAUGUCAUAUUUGUUGAAAUUUUAUACUUUUAUCAAUGUUUUUUGCCUGUUGCCGAAAAAAUGAAGAUACCUGUUAUCGGAACAGAAACUCUGAGGACGUGGAUUGUAGCAGAUCAUGCAAUUCAUAAUCCCCAUCAUCCAGCUUAUAUUCCUUUCGAAAUAGUGACCCAAAAAUGGAAACUAGAUCAUGUUGUAGGGCGAAUAAUCAACGCAUGGGAUCAUAUCGUGGUCUUGUGGUAUGAGAAUUUUGUUUUUCCAAACAUUUUGCAACAAUUUCACAAUGAUCACAUUGAACAACUCGGCUCUCUGGGGAAAUAUUUAUCCAUGGAACCAGAGUUAAUUUUCUAUAACAAUCACGCUUCUCUGUUACCUAGACCAAUAAAUCCAAAUGUGAUUGAAAUUGGAGGAAUACAUAUGAAAGAUUUUAAACCUUUGCCAAAGGAUAUUCAAGAAUUUAUCGAUGGAGCAGAACAUGGUGUCAUUUUAUUCACACUUGGAUCAGUUGUUCGAGCUGCUACGUUGUCCCCCGAAUAUCAGAAGGCGUUUAGAGAUGCUUUUGCAGAGAUACCGCAAAGAGUCAUAUGGAAGUUCGAAAACAAAAUUGAAAACUUAUCUCACAAUGUGAUGAUACGCGACUGGGUUCCUCAACGAGAUAUCCUAGAGCAUGAAAAUGUGAUAGCCUUCAUCAGUCAUUGCGGAUUGGGAGGUAUGAAUGAAGCAGUUUACACCGCAACACCUGUGGUCGCUUGUCCCUUAUUUUGUGACCAAGUGGACAAUGCGGAGUUAUUGGAGAAUUUAGACGUAGCAGUUCAUUUAGAUAUUUAUGAUAUUACCAAAGAAAAUGUACUCAAUGCCUUGAAUGCAAUUAUUAAUGAUACAAGAUAUUACAAUAAUAUGCAAAAAUUAUCGAAUCAGUUUAAAGAUCGACCAAUGACACCGCAGCAAAGUGUCGUUUACUGGACCGAAUACGUGAUUAGGCAUCAAGGUGCAUCCCACCUCAGAAGCCCUGCAUCUCGAUUAUCCUGGUUCCAAUUUUUGAUGCUCGAUGUGAUAUUUAUUUCGGCGUCAAUUCUAGUCAUUUUUGUGUAUUUAUUGAUUUGUACUUUCAGAAUUCUAUCGUCUCAUUUUUCACAAUACAGAAUCUUCAGUGUGUCUGAUAAACUAGAAAAUAAAAAACUUUGAAGCAUGUGAACAA